AUGGAUGUCGAUGAUUACGACGACGAAGAACCUUACGAAGAAGAUGGCCGUUGGGCUGAACAUGAAGGACACGAAGAUGAAUGCUUACAACUCUUUACAGCGCCAGAUUACAUAAUGGAGUCAGAUAUUUGCGCUCAGAUAGGCAGAUAUUUCCGAGCAAAUGGUCCGAUUGAACAGUUGGUGCAGUUGCUGUCUACAAAUUAUGUCGGCAUUGCUCAGAUGGUCAAUCUACUAGCUGAGUGGCUCAUUCAAGCUGGGAUAGAUAUAAAAGAUGUGCAAGAUAUGGUUGAGCAGCAUUUAUUGAACAUGAUCUUCAAAUAUUUUGAUCCUAAGAAAGCCGAUUCUAUAUUUACUGAUAGUGGAGAGACCCCACCCUGGUUGGUACAGAUGAUUGACUUUCAAACAUGGAGGAACCUCUUCUACAAACUUGCUGAAUUAAUAUCGGAUGCUGGCCACCAAGGAGAAAUAACUUCUGUAUCAACAGCCUGCCACCAGUUAGAAGUCUUCUCAAGGGUUCUGAGAACUUUCAUCAGCACAUUCCUUGAGGGGGGGGAGGAUGUCUUAGAGAAGAUACUUCCAGAGUUCAAUAGAAUGGUAUGUCACGGGGAGCACACAUACCUCUACAGCCAACUGGUUAUGAACAUUUUGAGUCAGGAGCAGAAGGGGGGAGCUAACAUUCGAAGAUUGUGUCAGGAAGUUAACAAGUCUGCAAAGUCUAGAGGCCUGGAUGUGACACCAAUUAUUCUUCUAUUGAGUGGAGCUUCACAACACCCAGAAACGUGUCAGGCACUGUCUUCCAUGCUGUCGAGGAAUGAACUGAACCCUGCCGACAUCACUGUGCUGUACAAGUGGUAUUCAUCGAAUAAUCCGCCCCCUGCCGAGUUAAUCAGGAGUCCCCAGUUUUUAGAUCUUUUUUUAGAUGCCUUAUUUAAACCGGGGAGCCAGAUUAACCCUGAGCACAAAUCAAAGUACAUCUACAUCCUGAGCUAUGCAUCGUGUGUCGUGGAAGUCUGGAAGAAGGGCGUGAGAAGGAGCGUUAACAGGGAGGAGUUAGAAUCUACAAUAUCAUCUCUUGAGGAGGGUCAUAUGCUUUGCUCAGAGAUUAAAACUUACACAGAACUUUUGGCUGAUGUCAACAGUUUCUUCCAUUGCAUCAAGUCUCCGGUUGUAUCGAUGGGCAUCAUCAAAUGGAUCUAUGCAACACUCACGAAGCCCGGUUACUUUCUAACGAAUACUGAACACACCCCUCUGCACCUCAUAUUACUCGAUGAGAUAGCAACGAAUCAUCCACUGCUGCACAAAAACAUCUUUCAACUUCUGGUGCAGCUGUUUGAAUUCCAAUUUGCCGACAUUGACGACAUAUUUAGAUUGAACUUGAAGAAGACCAUAUUGGAUAGAUUAGUACAUUUGAUAAGUUGUGGUUAUGUUCUGCCUGUUAUUUCUUUCAUUCAUGAUUGCUGGAAAGGAGCCAACACUGAUGUUUCACUGAUUAGACAUUUUGUUACCGAGCUAUUGGACAUGAUAGCGCCCCCAUACUCACCUGAAUUCGUGCAAGCGUUUUACCCAAUGAUCGAAAGCAAAGACAUCACUGGCUCCUUAAGACAGUCCAAUGAAAAUGACCCUAUCUCAGAGUUUAUAAGUAAUUGUUGA